CACAAAAAAGCAAAAUAAUAAAGUACAUUUUAAUUUUGAAAAAUAAAAUCAAGUUGAAAAAAUUUUGAUGAACAAAAUAUUUAAACAAAAAGAGACAGGACAGCAUAACAAUAGCUCUUAUCCGGUUGAAUGACAAGUGAAUACUGAGACACUUGAAAUUUACUACAAGUAACGAAUGCGCAAGUCAGGGAAAUAGAUAUACAUUGUAAUAACUUCAACAUAAAUCCUUUUGUCACUUUAUUAUAUUCUAGGAAGCAUUUUCCUUAUAAAUAUAUAUAAGGGACAUAAUCAAUUCUCACUAAAUAAAACACUGACUUUCAGCAUGAACAAAUUGUGUCUAGCAAAACUCUUAUUAAUAAUGUAUAAUAUCUCUUUCUAAGUAACUAAGGACUGCAACACUGUGUCUAUACAUAUAGGUCUCUUGAACCAGAACCACAACAUCAGAUAUAUACCUAAACAGAAAACUCUUCACUAAUACUCAAAUCUUUUUCUCCGAAUAUGGAAUAUUUUAAUACUAAUAAAUUUUUUAUGACGGCCCUAGGACAUUGGCCUUAUCGUAGCCAAAAUUUAAAUCGAGUACAACGUAUUUUAUUUCUUAUUUUGGUUUUAUCGUUAGAUAUACCAAUAAUGGCAUCAUUAUAUGCAACAAAAGACAAUUUUCAUAAACUUAUUUUAUGCAUUCCAGUAUGUUUAUUGUGUAUUGAUGUUUUUGUGGCAUAUAUAUUUUUCGUUGUCAAAACACCAGAUAUACUAUUUUUAUUAGACAAAGUAUCAGAACACUUUAAAGAAAUUGAACCGUUUGAGAAAGAAUUUUUUAUUCUUAAAAAAACAAUAGAAGACGGAAACUUUAUAAAUAUUAUUUAUAUGAUUUAUAUAUCAGUGGCAAUAGUUUUCUUUUUUGCAGUAACUUUAACGCCACAAAUUCUUGACUAUUUUUUGCCACUCAAUGAAACAAGGCAAAAAAUUUAUGUAAUUGAAUUGGAAUAUAUUUUUUUUAAUAGAGACAAUUAUUAUUGGUUUUCUUUUGUACAAAGUUUUAUUUGCGGUGGUUUAUCUAUUUUUAUUCUCAAUACUUUUGAUAUUAUGCUAUAUUCUUUUAUACAACAUGCUUGUGGAAUGUAUCGUGUUUUAUGGUUUCGUUUGGAGAACUGUGUGAAUAUAAAAGAAACAACUGAUGAGAAGAUGAUACACAAAAAUGUUGUUGAUUGCGUUUUGUUACAUAAUAAAAUACUUCAGUAUGUCGAAAAACUCGAUUUAUGUUUCACAGAAUGUUUGUUCAUCACUUACGGAAUUGUAUUACUACUACUUACAUUUGGAGGCGCAAUGAUUGUACUAAAUAAAGGUGAAAUGGAAAUUCUAGUAAAAUACAUUGUUUUCACCGUUAGUCAUAUAAUUCGUCUUCUAUAUCAAUGUAUUCCUGCACAAAGAUUGAUGGAUCAUAGUUUAAUUGUUAACGAUAAUCGAUAUGCCUCUGAUUGGUAUAAAAUGCCUGUGAAAGUAAGAAAAUUAUUAUUAUUAAUAAUGAUGAGAACUUGCAAAGAAUCUAAAUUGUCGUGUGGCAAAUUUUUUUCAUUGUCUUUGGAAACUUUAGGCACGAUAUUAAAAACAAUAUUCUCAUAUUUAAGUGUUUUACUUUCUAUGACGAACUAAGCUGAACAAGUUACUUCAAUAAGAGAAAUUAAGUGGAGGGGUUAAGGAGCCAAUUACCAACUGAAGUCGAUUUGUUAAUAUUAGGGUUAUUCUUUAAUUUUUUUUUUUGUUUUUUUUUUAGAUAUAUAGAAUAAAUAUAGAAAUAAAUGUAUAUUUGUUAAUGAAUGUUUAAAAUAUUAAAUGUAUGAGAAUUUAAAAUUAAAAGUACUAAAUUAGUU